UAAAGAGAGAGAAAAGGAAAAGAAAAAACUUUUGCUCUCUUCUCUCUCUUACUUCUCUUUCUAUUUCUCUCUAUCCAUUGUGAGUCUUGAGAUGCCAAAGCCAUGUCGGAUCCUCCGUCAACAUCAUCGGAGCCACCGCAGCACCGCCAUCACCACCACCAACAAAUUCUACAUUUACCUGUAAUCCACGGCGGCGCAUCCGCCGGCGCCGGCGCUACCCGAAUGAACACUGUCGCAGCAGCAGCAGCCUCAUCUUCGACGGUAAUAGUCCGAGAGUACCGGAAAGGAAACUGGACUCUCCAAGAGACGAUGAUUCUAAUAACGGCGAAGAAGUUGGACGAUGAGCGGCGGAACAAGGCGAACUUAGGCCCUGCUCCGGCGGAUCCGGCGGCGAGGAAGGGCGGCGAGCUACGGUGGAAGUGGGUGGAAAAUUAUUGCUGGAGCCACGGUUGUCAACGGAGCCAAAAUCAGUGCAAUGAUAAAUGGGAUAAUCUCCUCCGCGACUAUAAAAAAGUCCGCGAGUACGAAUCCCGCGCGUGUGAUCAACAACUUCCCCAAAUUCCUUCUUACUGGAAAAUGGAGAAACAUGAGCGAAAAGACAAAAAUCUCCCUUCUAAUUUGGCGUUUGAAGUUUAUCAAGCGUUAAACGACGUCGUUCAAAGGAAGUUCUCUCAAAAACCUUCUAAUUCUGGCUUGCUUCUUCUUCCUCCUCCUGCUCCGCCUCCUCCUUCCGCCAUCCCCCCGCCGCCGCCCACUUCCGCCACCAUUUCUCCUCCGCUUUCAGACUCAUCGUCAUCAGGAACAGAGUCGAGCGAGAAGAAAGAGAAGAUUGAAGCAAAGAGAAGGAAAAUGGGAGAUAAUAUCGGAAGAAGUAUUGAGAGGAGCAUUUCAGCGUUGACUCAAACACUACACAGUUGCGAGGAGCAGAGGGAAAUUCAACACCAACAGCUUAUGGAACUUCGAAAACGCCGCCUUCAAAUUGAAGAGACCCGCAACCACAUUCACCGCCAAGGCAUCGCCGAUCUCGUCGCCGCCGUCGCCAACCUCUCUGCGGGGAUGAAUAAUAGAACAGCAAGACCAGAAGAAUAUGGAUGUUUAUAUAGUGGAGAAGAGGUGAGAAUAUUGAAAGAGCAAAAUGAAGCAAUGCAAGCUGAGCUUAUGAAUGUGAAGAGUGAGCUUUCCCAACUUAGAGAUCAAAUGCCUUCUCUCAUGCAAACCAUGAUGCACAAUAUGAUUCAUAACAUCCAACCUCCUCCUCCUACUUCCAUGGACCCAUCUGGAUCAGGUGGAGAUGCUUAAAAAUGAUCCAUCUCCAUGGUUGAUAAUUGGUUAUUAAUUUUAAUCACAAAAUUUAGUACAAUUGAUUAUUGUUUCAUGUGGAAUUUAAUGAUCAUUUUGUAAAACUUGUUUAAUAUAAUUUAUUAUUUUUCUAUGUG